AUGGAAAGAAAUAAGAAGUAUUUUCCACAGAGGUCCAUGGCUCAUUUGAUUGGAUAUACUGUGCACCGAGAAGGAUAUCGGCAGUGUGGUGCAGAAGAGUUCCGCUGUGCUGAUGGACGCUGCCUAGUGAACACUCUAUGGCAGUGUGAUGGUGACUUUGACUGUCCUGAUGGUUCUGAUGAGGACCCAAUUAACCCAAAGUGCAGGAGUUCAGAACAUUCAUGCAACAGUUCAUUUUUUAUGUGCAAAAAUGGCAGGUGCAUUCCCAGCGGUGGUCUUUGUGACAAUAGGGAUGACUGCGGUGAUGGCUCAGAUGAAAGAAACUGCCACAUAAAUGAAUGUCUGAGUAAAAAAGUCAGUGGAUGUUCCCAAGAUUGUCAGGAUUUGCCAGUAAGUUACAAGUGCAAAUGCUGGCCUGGAUUCCAACUGAAGGAUGAUGGCAAAACAUGUGUAGACAUUGAUGAAUGUUCUACAGGCUUCCCCUGUAGUCAGCAAUGCAUCAAUACAUAUGGAACCUACAAGUGCCAUUGUGCAGAAGGCUAUGAAAUACAGCCCAAUAACCAAAAUGGUUGCAGGUCACUCUCAGAGGAAGAACCAUUCUUAAUUCUUUCUGAUCAGCAUGAGAUUAGAAAAAUUAGCACAGAUGGCACCAACUACACAUUACUUAAGCAGGGAUUAAACAAUGUCAUUGCUAUCGACUUUGAUUAUAGAGAAGAAUUCAUAUAUUGGAUUGAUUCUAGCAGACCCAAUGGAAGUCGGAUAAACAGAAUGUGUCUAAAUGGAAGUGACAUCAAGGUAGUGCAUAACACUGCUGUUCCCAAUGCACUUGCUGUUGAUUGGAUUGGAAAAAACCUCUAUUGGUCUGACACAGAGAAAAGGAUAAUUGAAGUAUCUAAACUCAAUGGCUUGUACCCUACUGUACUUGUUAGCAAAAGGCUGAAGUAUCCCAGGGACCUGUCUUUAGAUCCUCGAGCCGGAUACUUGUACUGGAUUGACUGCUGUGAAUAUCCACACAUUGGCCGUGUUGGAAUGGAUGGUACCAAUCAGAGUAUUGUCAUAGAAACCAAGAUUUCGAGACCUAUGUCACUAACAAUAGAUUAUGUCAACAAUAGACUAUACUGGGCUGAUGAAAAUCACAUUGAAUUUAGCAACAUGGAUGGAUCUCAUAGACACCAAGUCCCUAAUCAAGAUAUUCCAGGGGUGAUUGCACUAACAUUGUUUGAAGACUACAUCUACUGGACUGAUGGGAAAACCAAGUCACUCAGCCGUGUCCAUAAAACCUCGGGAGCAGACAGACUUUCACUGAUUAACUCAUGGCAUGCCAUCACAGAUAUCCAGGUGUAUCAUUCUUAUAGACAACCUGAUGUCUCCAAACAUCUUUGCACAGUAAAUAAUGGUGGUUGCAGCCAUUUGUGCCUGUUAGCCCCUGGGAAGACCCACACAUGUGCAUGUCCCACAAAUUUCUACCUCGCAGCUGACAACAGAACUUGUUUAUCAAACUGCACAGCCAGUCAGUUUCAAUGCAAAACUGAUAAAUGCAUCCCUUUCUGGUGGAAAUGUGACACUGUGGAUGACUGUGGUGAUGGAUCUGAUGAGCCUGAAGACUGUCCUGAAUUUAAAUGUCAGCCAGGCCGAUUUCAGUGUGGAACAGGACUCUGUGCACUACCUGCUUUCAUCUGUGAUGGGGAGAAUGACUGUGGAGACAACUCUGAUGAACUUAACUGUGACACACAUGUCUGCCUGCCAGGUCAGUUCAAGUGUACCAAGAACCAGAAAUGUAUCCCAGUAAACCUCAGAUGUAAUGGACAAGAUGACUGCGGUGAUGAGGAAGAUGAAAGGGACUGUCCUGAAAACAGCUGCUCUCCUGACUAUUUCCAAUGCAAGACUACAAAGCAUUGCAUCUCCAAGCUGUGGGUUUGUGAUGAGGACCCAGACUGCGCAGAUGCCUCAGAUGAGGCCAACUGUGAUAAAAAGACUUGUGGACCUCAUGAAUUCCAGUGUAAGAACAACAACUGCAUUCCAGAUCACUGGAGGUGUGAUAGCCAGAAUGACUGCAGCGAUAAUUCUGAUGAAGAAAACUGCAAGCCACAGACCUGUACACUGAAAGAUUUUCUCUGCAGCAAUGGGGACUGUGUUUCAUCAAGGUUCUGGUGUGAUGGAGAGUUUGACUGUGCUGAUGGCUCUGAUGAGAAAAAUUGUGACACAAGUUGUUCCAAAGAUCAGUUUCAGUGUUCCAAUGGUCAAUGCCUUUCAGCAAAAUGGAAGUGUGAUGGGCAUGAAGAUUGUAAAUAUGGAGAAGAUGAGAAAAACUGUGAACCAGCCUUUCCUGCUUGCUCAUCAAGUGAAUAUAUGUGUGCCAGUGGAGGAUGUCUGUCAGCAUCUUUGAAAUGUAAUGGAGAACCUGACUGUGUUGAUGGUUCAGAUGAGAUGGACUGUGUAAUAGAAUGUAAGGAAGAUCAGUUUCGAUGCAAAAAUAAAGCAUACUGUAUUCCAAUUCGAUGGCUAUGUGAUGGAAUUCAUGACUGUGUUGAUGGAAGUGAUGAAGAGCACUGUGGCAGAGGGGGAAGUAUAUGCAGAGCUGAUGAGUUCCUGUGUAAUAACUCCCUUUGCAAGCUCCAUUUCUGGGUUUGUGAUGGAGAAGAUGACUGUGGAGACAACUCAGAUGAAGCUCCUGACAUAUGUGUUAAAUUUCUUUGCCCACCAACAAGGCCUCACAGAUGCAGAAAUGACAGAGUCUGUCUGCAACUUGAGAAAAUGUGCAAUGGGAUUAAUGACUGUGGGGACAACUCAGAUGAAGAUCACUGCAGCGGUGAACUGUCAUUCAAAGCCAAACCUUGUAAGAAGGAUGAGUUUGCUUGCCAUAACAAAAUGUGCAUCCCCAUGGAACUGCAAUGUGAUGGGUUCGAUGACUGUGGAGACGGUUCAGAUGAACAAGGCUGCACAAUGAGUCUCAGUGAACACACCUGUGAGGACAAUGGGAAUCCAUGUGGAGAUGAUACAUAUUGUAAUCAAAUAAAAACAUCUGUUUACUGUCGCUGCAAACCUGGAUUUCAGAGAAACAUGAAAGGCAGGCAGUGUGAAGAUCUCAAUGAAUGUCUGGUGUUUGGUGUAUGCUCUCACCACUGUGUAAAUACACAUGGAUCAUAUAAAUGUGUUUGUGACCAGAACUUUCAAGAAAAAAACAACAGCUGUAUAGCAAAAGGCUCUGAAGAUCAAGCUAUCUACAUAGCUAAUGACACUGACAUCCUGGGUUUUGUAUAUCCAUUCAACUACAGUGGCGGUCAUCAGCAGAUUUCUCAUGUUGAACAUAAUUCAAGAAUAACAGGGAUGGAUGUGUAUUAUCAAAGAAAUGUGAUUGUCUGGAGUACUCAGUUUAAUCCAGGCGGGAUUUUCUACAAAAUGAUCGAUGACAGAGAAAAGAGGCAAGCAAACAGUGGUUUGAUUUGUCCUGAAUUUAAAAGGCCUAGAGAUAUUGCAGUUGACUGGGUUGCAGGAAAUAUAUAUUGGACUGAUCAUUCUAGAAUGCACUGGUUUAGCUACUAUACUACACACUGGACCAGCCUGAGAUACUCCAUCAAUGUAGGACAACUCAAUGGUCCUAACUGCACCAGACUCUUGACUAAUAUGGCUGGCGAGCCCUAUGCUAUUGCUGUAAAUCCUAAAAGAGGGAUGAUGUACUGGACUGUAAUUGGGGACCACUCCCAUAUAGAAGAAGCAGCCAUGGAUGGCACUCUGAGGAGGAUUUUAGUACAAAAAAACUUACAGAGGCCAACAGGUCUGACUGUUGAUCACUUCGGUGAACGCAUCUACUGGGCUGACUUUGAGCUCUCCACCAUUGGCAGUGUCUUAUAUGAUGGUUCCAGUCCAAUGGUCUCUGUCAGCAGCAAGCAAGGAUUGCUGCAUCCUCACAGAAUUGAUGUCUUUGAAGAUUAUAUUUAUGGAGCAGGACCUAAAAAUGGUGUAUUUAGAGUACACAAAUAUGGUCAUGGUUCAGUAGAAGUCCUACCAUUAGAUGUUGACAAAAUAAAAAGUGUCUUAAUAUCACAUCGUUAUAAACAACUAAAUUUGCCGAAUCCUUGCUUGCAUUUGUCAUGUGAUUUCCUCUGCUUGCUGAAUCCUUCUGGGGCCACUUGUGUCUGCCCAGAAGGAAAAUACAUGAUGAAUGGAACCUGCAAUGAUGACAGUCCAUUAGAUGACUCUUGCAAACUGACUUGUGAAAAUGGAGGGAGGUGCAUCUUAAAUGAGAAGGGUGACCUGAGGUGCCACUGCUGGCCCAGUUACUCAGGAGGACGGUGUGAAGUAAAUCACUGCAGCAACUACUGUCAGAAUGGAGGGACCUGCAUACCAUCCACUCUAGGAAGACCUACCUGUAUCUGUGCCCUGGGCUUUACUGGGCCCAACUGUGGCAAGGCAGUGUGUGAAGAUUCUUGUCACAAUGGUGGGAGCUGUGUUGUGACUGCUGGGAACCAGCCUUACUGUCACUGCCAUUCAGACUACACUGGAGACAGAUGCCAAUACUAUGUGUGCCACCACUAUUGUGUGAAUUCAGAAUCAUGUACCAUUGGGAAUGAUGGAAGGGUUGAAUGUGUUUGUCCAACACGAUAUGAAGGACCGAAAUGUGAGAUUGACAAAUGUAUACGAUGCCAUGGGGGCCACUGUAUUAUAAGUAAAGACAAUGAAGAUAUAUUUUGCAACUGUACUAAUGGAAAGAUUGCCUCUAGCUGUCAGUUAUGUGAUGGUUACUGUUACAAUGGUGGCACAUGCCAACUGGAUCCUGAAACUAGUGUACCUGUGUGUUUGUGCUCUACUAAUUGGUCAGGUACACAGUGUGAGAGGCCAGCCCCCAAGAGUAGCAAAUCUGAGCUCAUCAGCACAAGGAGCAUUGCUAUCAUUGUGCCUCUUGUCCUCUUGGUGACCUUGGUAACCACCUUAGUGAUUGGUUUAGUGCUUUGUAAGAGAAAAAGAAGGACAAAGACAAUCAGAAGACAGCCUAUCAUCAAUGGAGGAAUAAAUGUAGAAAUGGGUAAUCCAUCAUACAAUAUGUAUGAAGUGGAUCACGACCACAGUGAUGGGAGUCUUUUAGAACCAAGUUUCAUGAUCGAUCCAGUAAAGUCCAGAUACAUAGGGGGAGGGUCCAGUGCUUUCAAGCUCCCACACACAGCACCGCCCAUCUACCUAAACUCUGAUUUGAAAGGACCACUAACUUCUGGGCCAACAAAUUACUCUAACCCAGUGUACGCAAAAUUGUAUAUGGAUGGACAGAACUGUCGAAACUCUUUAGGAAGUGUUGAUGAACGGAAAGAACUGCUCCCAAAGAAAAUUGAAAUUGGCAUCAGAGAGACAGUGGCAUAAUGAAGAACAUUUUUUCUAUGCUGUAUAAAUAUAUAAAAUAUAGGGGUUACUUUUGUAUGUUACAACAGUAUUAUACUUGUUUUAGCAUCAGCAUUAUCUCCUUAUCUUUUUCCUGGUUAAUUAUUUUCUGG